AUGUCUAGGGAUGUAGCCAGAGUAAUGCCUCUAGACUCCCCUCCUAAGGAGCCAAGUUGGUCAUGGAUGAAGAUGAAAGACGGUUUUCUUUCAAAGUGUCCUUGGAUAUGGGAGUGGGGUCAUGGACUGGGAUUCUCUCAUUUCAGCCUAGGAUUUCUCCUUCUGUUGACAGUGAUUCUCCUUCCAAACAUUCACUGUGUCUUGGGAUCAAAGUAUUCUUCUUAUGAGAUAGUCAUCCCUAGGAGAUUAAUGACUUGGGAAGGAGAAGAAAGAAUCUCCUAUUCAAUAUUUAUGAAAGGCAAGAAGCUGGUGAUACACCUGAAACAAAAGAAAGGGCUGCUUGCUAACAACUUCCCUAUUUAUACCUAUUACAAUGGGAAUCUCAGCCUUGACAUGCCUUUUCUCCGAAAUGAUUGUUACUAUGAUGGGUAUGUAGAAAGCUAUCUGAGGUCCCUGGUGUCUAUCAGCACCUGCUCAGGCCUCAAGGGUUUAAUCAACAUAGAGGGAACAGUGUAUAGAAUUGAGCCCAUUGAUGCCUCGAGUAACUUUGAACACAUCCUGUACCAAACAAAAAGUGAUGAACAAGAUUUCUGUUCAGGGCCUCUGAGAGAACAACCUGAAUUUGAGAGCAAUCUGGAAGCAAAAGGAAUGGCGGUCCCAAGUGGGUACACACUUGUAAAAUCUGUGCAUUAUGAAUGGCCAUACAUGAAGGAGGUGAAAAUAUUUGUUGUGGUAGACAAUAAUAGGUACCGAAAAUGGGACAGCAAUGUGACCAAGGCUGCUGAAAUGGUGAUGGAAGCCAUCUCCAUUAUGGAUACCUAUGUCUUUCCAAUCAGAGUCAAAAUCACCUGGGUUGGUUUAGAGGUCUGGACAGAGAGAGAUAUAAUCAGCAUUUCACGUACUUUGCCACAAACUCUUAGCUUUUUCAGUUCAUGGAAGUACAAUGAUCUCUUCCUUAGGAUUUUUCAUAAUAUUGCCUAUCUGAUUGUAGGGCAUGAAACUGGAAGCCAAGCAGGCUAUACCUAUACGGGUGGUGUCUGUUCCAUUAUGCGCGGUGUGUCAGCUCUAUCCUUCUCUCAUGAAAAUGUGCCUCGUUUUGCUUCUCUCAUGACUCAUGAGUUGGGCCACAGUCUGGCCAUAGAACAUGAUACCGAAUACUGCAUGUGUGGUGAUGAAUAUUACUGCAUAAUGCAUGAGUCUGUCUCUCAGCAGCAGCUUUUUAGCAACUGCAGUUUUGAGCACUUCUAUACAUUCAUGUUUAGUAUACGUUCAAGCUGCCUCGCUCGAAUGCCAGGCGACACAACAAUAUUCAGGAUUCCAGUCUGUGGGAAUGGAAUAUUAGAAAGAGGGGAGGAGUGUGACUGUGGAACUAACCAGAACUGUGCAAAGGACCCUUGCUGUCUUCCCACAUGCCGGUUCACUGUGGGUUCCACUUGUGCUUUUGGGCCCUGCUGCAAAAAUUGUAAUAUUCAGAAGGCAAAUGAGGUGUGUCGUCCCAGCAAGCAUGAAUGUGACUUCCCUGAAUAUUGCAAUGGAACCUCCAUUUGGUGCCAGCCAGAUGUCUACAAACAAGAUGGCACCAAGUGCAAAGAUGGGUAUUGCUUUGAGGGGCAUUGCCAGAAUCUGGAUAAACAGUGUGUUGAGGUCUUUGGCAAAGGCUCCAAGAAGGCACCAGAUAAUUUCUAUAAGAGUAUGAACAGUAAGGGGGACCGGAUUGGGAACUGUGGCCCUACAAGUAUUGGGAUGCGCAGGACCUUUCGAAAAUGUGAACCCAAAGAUAGCAAGUGUGGAAAGCUUCUAUGUCAGAACAUUCAGAAGUUGCCCCGAGGCAAGAACCACUAUACCUAUUUCCAACUGCCCUUUAAGGGGUCCUGGUACUGGGGAGCGGAGCUCUUAGAGGAGAUAGGGAACAAAGAUAGAGGAGAAGUGCACAGUGGUACUGUGUGUGGCCCAAGGAAGAUAUGCCUGAACAAUGUGUGUUCUGAUAUACACCAACUGAGGCAGAGGUGCAAUUCAGCUAUCAAUUGUACUGGGAGAGGGAUGUGUAACAACUUGGAUCAUUGCCACUGUGAUGAUGGUUAUUCCCCACCACAUUGUAUAAAUAGAGACUCUCAGCAGCAGAUCCAUUCUCAGCAGCUGGGCUUCAGGUUGAGCAGGAGGAGCAAUAACAGCAGCAGCUCAAUCAGGUGGCCUCAAGAAGCGGCAGUUGAAGCGGGAGACAGACAUUGGGGCUGGCAGAAAGCAGGGUCCAAUCUUCUACAGGAUAGCCCCAUGUAUGUUCAAAAGAAAUCAGGUCUCAUCUACACCUCCUGA